GUGUGUGUUGUUGUUAGCAUGUUUAGCAUGUGGUUAGCAACGUGACACAACACAGUUGUGCGUAUGGAUGGAGACAACAUAAAGAGAGAGAAAUAAACGUGGAUGGAGAGAAGUUAGAGAGAAGUAAACGUAGAUGGAGAUUGUUUGGGAAGAUCCCCCAAUCCCCGAAGGUCCCAUUUUCUCCAGGGAUCUUUAUGACAAAAUUGGCUUUGGCCCCACCAUUCAAGAGCUGUGGAGCUCCCUACAGAGCCCAGAAGCUAACAGCCCUCCCAAAGAACAGAACACUGAGAGCCCCACUACUCCAGAGCCUGUGCAGGAUGACAGCAUCAGAGAGGAGAGCAGCUGGAUCAGUGGUGACUCUGAGGACUCCGCCAUGGAAACCCAAGACCCUAAACUUAUGGAACCUUGCAAAAAGAAACAAAAGGGCAAAAUUCCGUUUCCAGAGCCUCGAGUCCCAUACCCCUGUUUGUCUGCGCUGUCCAAAACCGAGCAAAGGAAGUGUCUCAACUUUAUGUUGACUCGCAAGAAGGAGAUUCCUCUGUCUCAGGUCAUUUUGAAUAAACUUAAUAAUGAAAUAAUGCAGUUUAUGAAUUAUCUGCAAGAGGUGUCCAGAAUGUGUGCUGGAGACUACAGCGUCAUACCCCAGGCAGCACUGCAGUACUUUGAGGAGGUUUUCCACUGCAGUUUGGAGUACAUACAGAGCCUUCCUUCACUCUAUCAGAUCCAUGAGUUGACCAGUCUGACCGGAGGCAGAUUCAACCCAGAGCUCAGUCUAACGUUUGAAAAGCAGCUUCUGCACAUGGGCAGUGUGGAUGUUGCACACUACAGGCCAGUGAAUACUGGGGCUCAGAUUGCAUCGGAUUAUCAGACUGUUUCAUCACUCUGUCCUCCAGCUAAAAAAGCUGCGGAGCUGCACGCUUCCAUCAGCAGUGACCAUAACGCCUCCAGACUGUGCAGCAGCUACGAGCCUCAUGUGUGUCUGACUCGAGAUGCUUUAGUGCAGCUCCUCAACAACCAUGGCCCUGACUUCAAGGAAGAGUGGGAGCUCCCUGUCCUCAUCAAGACCAACCCUUCUAAAGACAAAACUCAGAAGAAAACCGUAUUCAUCGACUCGCCUCUGUUGAAGACUGAAGUGACGGUACGAGAGAGGAGCCAUAUUUACCACGAGGAGUCUCUGAAGCUGUUCAUCAGUAAAGCCAGCACCAAGAGUGUGUCUGAAGUGAUCACCGAGCUCCCUACCAGCGAGCAGCCUGCACUCGAGAGAAGCUUGGCCCCUCUGGACACUGACAGCCUUGACUUUGAGGUGGACUUAAGUGAUCUGGAAACUUUUGGAGAAAAUGCAUCUAAUAAAACACCUAAAAAACAUACAAAGACGGAAGGUAGCUUGGGUCACACAAGGAGUUCAGGCAAAAAAGCAAGCAGGAAUUUAAAUGAGGAAACAAACAGUUCUCAGUCUGAUCCUGUUAAACCCAAAGUUUCUCAGAGCAAAAGUAGUGACCCGGAAAGCGACAGCAGUGUUCUGUUAAUCGCAGAUUCAGAUGAUGACAAGUUGUUUAUUGAUGAUGUGUCUCCUAAAGACCCAAAGCUCUCUCAAACUCCAGAGUCACCUUCUCCCACAACCAGGAGGAGCAAGAACCCAAAGAUGAAAACCCGCUCUUCUGGGGAUCAGUUGGGUCAGAUUCUCCAAAUGCAAACAGCCAUGUUCACUUCAAAUCCCAACGAUGGCACCAAAUCCUCAAACCCACCACAAGACGCCAGCCCUCCGCCCAAACAAAGUGCACCCACCCAUGUCCACCCAACCUCUAUGGUGAAGGCCUGCGUGUCCUCGUACCUGGAGAGAAAUCCAAACCAGGAAGAAGAGACCGGAGAUGCGCUCCAGUCUGCUGCUUCUGCUCCAAAGGCGACUGAGUUUAAAAAAAUCUUGUCCCAGGCUCUCCAGGCAGUCUCUGAAGAUGAGUGUGAUUAUGACUGUCCCGAGGAGGGGAAUGUCUUGUUUAAACUCUACAGUUUGGACGGGCUGCUGCUUCUGGUGCGCUCCUCCAUCUCUCUUGGACACAACCGGAAACUGGGCAACCAAACCCAGUGCGUGCCUUUGAAAAUCCUGCCAAAGCUUGAAUACCAGUUGACUUACGGCGUCGAAUGCCUGAGCAGCAGUGAGGCGUGCCAGCUGUGGACUGAGGGAUUACUUCACUCAAGCACUGAGCUUUUCAUAGCUCACAUUGAUGCCCUCACAUCCAGACUGGCACUGGUGAGGAAGCUGCCAGACGACUGGAUCCACAACAUCUCCUGUGGAUUCAAGCCUGCAAAGUCUCUCAACAUUCUGCAGCAUCUCCUUCAGAAGUUAGUUGGGUUGGAUGAAGGGCAGUACCUGCUCCGGCACAAGGUUGGUGAGCCGUUUGUGAACAUACUGAAGACAGCUCAGGGCAAUGGCAGACAGGGCGUCUAUAACCUACAGCAGGCUCACAGCCACAUGCCCCAGCCCCCCGCCGCCCCCGCCGCUGCGUCCGCCCCCGCCGCUGUCGUUCCCUGGAUACCCCUGGACCCAUCCGUCUGCCUGCCCUUCCACCGCCAACAUGGCCGCGUGCCCUGCACCUUUCCCCCUCAAGACUUCACUCCGCCCCAGAAAGGUGUGACCCCACCACAGCCUUACAACAAGAGAGGGGGGCAGCCUGGAGGCAAAAAACCCAAAAAGAAGAACACAAAGAACAAAUACACUCCUAAGUUUAAAAGAUGACGCUCCUGUUUAUAGUGAUGUGGGUUAAAGCUUCAUUUAUGCAGAUGUCUAUAUGUACAUAGUUCUGGAUGUAUUUUUGUUUUCUGUAAAUAUUAAUUGCAUACCUCUUUGAACCAAUAAAAUUCUAAAUAUUUGACCACUUUC